AUGGCCAUCAGUCCAAACAGGCGUUAUAUUGCUCUAGCUGAAAAAACUGACGAUGGUCCGUGUAUUGUGAUAUAUGAUCUAGCCUCGUUGCGAAGGAAAAAGGUUCUUCGUGGCACUGGGAUUAACUCCGACGAAUUCAAAAGUGUGUCAUUUUCGCCGGACUCGCAUUACCUUGUUGCACAAGGCGGUGAGCCCGAUUGGGCUCUCAUUUAUUGGAACUGGGAAAAACCUAAGCGGUUAUCAACGGUUCGUACAUCUCAAGGCAACCCCAUCUAUCAGGUAGUUGAACCCCAAAACUUCCUCUGCCAUACCUGGGUGACUGAUGAGCGAAUCGCAGUGGGAACAGCAAAAGGCUCGUGGAUUCUGAUUCACAAUGGGGAACCCCUCGAGGAAUAUAUAAUAAAUCUUGACCUACCCCAAGACGCGGAGCAAAUGGAUGAUAAGGAAAGCUCGGUUUCAAGUGAAUAUCCGGCUGUAACAACAGAAUGCACGUCUGCAAUCACUUGCACACAAAAUUUUGUCUACGUAGCUUGUGGACCAGGGCUUGUCCACUGUUUUAAAUACAACUCUGAUAUUGACAAAAAGGAUUCCAUGAAACAGUCUCGACGCAUAAAACCCGGUAGCACUAACUCAGGAGAAAUGUCGUACUACAGAAGAGUUAAGGAGAUUCGCAUCCCAAAUGACCCAAAUAUAAGCACUGACACGGGAACUUCGAGCAAUCAACUCAUCACACAACUUAGCAUUAAUCCAUCCGAAGAGACACUGGUAGCGAGUACUGCCUCCCAUCAACUCUAUGUUUAUUCACUCACAGCGCCUGAUUUGGGAAUUUCAAACAAAAAAGACAUUAAAACUUUGAGUGAAAAGCCUUCAAAAGCCAAAACAGCCGAUCAACAGGACGAAAACAAACAGAGCGAAAAUUCCGACGUGAAAAUAGACUACUUUCGGCUAAUGUCACAGUCGUUUCACGAAGGUCAAAUCAUAGGACUGGAUAUCUGCUCUCGAAAGCCACUUAUAGCUACCUGCGCCACUGAUCGCACCAUUCGUAUCUGGAACUUUGAGUUAAACAACCUUGAGCUCUACAAGGAGUUCGCGGAAGAAGCCUAUAGCAUCUCUCUGCAUCCACUUGGCCACUUCAUUCUGGUUGGCUUCAGCGACAAGCUGCGUCUGAUGAACCUCCUUAUUGACGAAAUCCGUCCAGUCAAGGAAUUCCCCAUUCGAGGGUGCAAGGAGUGCGCUUUCAGCAACGGUGGUCAUCUGUUUGCUGCGGUUCAAGGCAACAACAUCCAACUCUACUCCACCACGAGUUUCCUCUGCGUGAACAGUCUGAAAGCCCACAACGGCAAAAUUCGGUGUUUGCUGUGGAGCGCAGACGACAACAAGUUGAUAUCUUGUGGAAUGGACGGGGCUGUCUACGAGUGGGACCCCUAUACCGGCAGGCGAAUAAACGAGAAUGUGCUUAAAUCCUGCAGCUACAACUGCGUCACGUGCACAGAGGAUGCUAAGACAAUUUACGCAGUCGGUUCGGAUAGAAAAGUGAAGGAAAUUGCCGAAUCAGCGAUCACACUUGAGGUUGAUUCAGGCGACAUGUUGCAAACUUCGAUUGCUCUCUCGCGAAGUGGUCAUAUGCUAUUUUGCGGUGGUCAGGAGGGUCACGUACGGUCCUACCGUUUCCCCUUCUCGAACCACAACGUCUGGGAAGACUACGUUGGACAUUUUGGGCCAAUUGUGAAGAUGCAAAUCACCCUCAAUGACGAGUUCCUUGUCACCGCGUCGGACGAUGGCUCCAUCAUGGUGUGGAUCAUCCAGGAACGUGAUGGACGAAGUGUUAAAAUAGAACGAGAUGUUCCGUGGGCUGAGGAAGUCUUGAUCACUCGAUCGGAUCUGGAAGAGAAGAACCUCAUCAUGUCAGAGCUGAGAACAAGGGUGGAUGAGUUGAAGAUGGAGAACGAGUACCAGCUUCGGUUGAAGGAUAUGAACUACAGCGAACGGAUCAAGGAACUGACGGAGAAGUUCGUUAAAGAAAUGGAAGCGCUUCGCCUGAAGAAUCAGACACUGCGAACUGAGAAGGAACGUGAGGCGGCCAGACACAGCGAAGAGAUGCAGGAGAUCAUGGAGUUGCACACGCGUGAGCUCAAAGACCUCGAAGUCACGUCGAGCCACCAGCUGAACAUCGAGGUGGAGAAGAACACGGAGCUCCAGGAGAAGGCUCAGAAGAUGCAAGAGUCCUACGAGAGCCAGAUCAGUGAAAUGAACUCGGCCAAGGAGAAGAUCCUCGAGGAGUUGACUGUCUUCUUUGAGAAUAAGCUCAACGAGAAGACGCAGAUGAUGGAGUCGUUGAAGAAGGAGAAUCGCGAGCAGGUUGUGGAACACGAGGUCACGAAGCGGCUCAUUGAGGAGGAUGCCGAUCGCGAGAUACUGGACCUCAAAACGCAGUACGAACGACGACUGCGAGACGAGCGAGACGCGAAUGCCCGUCUUCGUGGAGAAUCGGGCAUCAUGAAGAAGAAGUUUGCCAGUCUGCAGAAGGAAAUCGAAGAGAACAUGGAGGAGCUCAGGAAGUCGCACGGAGAGACCCAAAAACUCAACAAUGUCAUCCGGGGCCAGGAGAAGGACAUUCAGGGUUUGAAGAAGGAGAUUCAAGAGCGCGACGAGACCAUUCAGGACAAGGAGAAGCGGAUAUAUGAUUUGAAGAGAAAGAACCAGGAGCUUGAAAAGUACAAAUUUGUGCUCACCUACAAGAUAACCGAACUCAAGAAGCAGAUUGAACCCCGAGAAAACGACAUUAAAAACUACAAGGAACAAAUUCAGGAGAUGGAGGGAGAAUUGGAGCGUUUCAACUUGCAGAACGGUGCGCUGGACUUGAACAUGGUGGAUUUGAAGGAGAAGCUCAAGGCGACUGUUGGUGAACUGAAAACGGAGCGUCAGAUCAACCGGAACAUCCACGCGAUUGUACGACGUUUCCGCAUUGACCUCUACAAUGUGACGGCCAAAAUUCAAGACCCCAAGGCCCUGAAAGAGGGCAUUCUAGAACUCUACCAGAAACACAUCCAGAACGACCUGGUUUCAGAGGCCACGCCAAAUGAGGAGAUGCAGCGUGAAUUCGCUCGGCAACGGGAACACCUCGAGCACACAUUGGCCGGGGUUCGACAGAAACUGGCAAAAGACGCCGAGAUCCAUCGAGCUGAGUACAUUCGCAUUAUGCACGAGAACAUGUCACUGAUUGAGGAGAUCAAUAAGAUGCGCAUUGAGCUGAGGAACAGCAGAAACCGGAUCCGUGACCUUGAGGCCACGAUGGGCAUCAAUAGGAAGCAGGGCAAGCGGGCACGCGAGAUCCUCGAAAAGAUCACUGGCCAUCGACCCAAUCCGGUCAUCGUGCAGGAGUUGGCCGAGGCCAACAGGGCUCUCCACGAACAGUCGCACUUCAUGCACUUGCUGCAAGAUAAACUACGCCUGGGGCCGUCUGCAUGCGCCGACACAAACAACGCUGCGGUCGUUGAGACGCCGCUUUCGACGUCGAAUACUUUUCCCUCGUCACUUCCACCCCUUCAACCGGCUGGCGCGAUUCGACCGUCGUCGGAUCCGGGCAUUCAAGAGGACACCUCGCGUAAACCCGUAAAGGCACGAUCGAUUGUAUAG